UUUCGCUCCACCCCUCCUCCCUGCCCCCAGCGAUGCCGCCGGCGACGACUCCCCGCGGCGGUGGAGGGCGGGUGCCCCCCGCCGGCGACACUCGGAGCCCGGCUAAGCGGCCCCGCGACUCAGACGACUCCGGCUCCGACGGCGACUCCGAUUCGGACUGCGACGGGGGCCUCGUCAGCGACUUGAGGGAGAUCGUGUGCCUGCUGCGGCUCAUCAAGGGCGGGGCCAACAGGGACGGGCAGAAGAUGUGCGAGCAGAUCAUCGCCAGUGUCGCAGCGGAUAUUCAGACUAUGCUAGAAGAAACCCAGCUGAAAUUUGAGAUGGAAAGGCAGAAUUUGUUGAAAGUACUGUCGAACACUUCCAAAGAGCAGUGUGAGAAUUCACUGAAUGAAGAGUACAGCAAGUUUCAAGAAACAUAUGAUAUGUUUUGUAGAGAAAAGGAUGCACACAUGCAAACUUUCAGAGCCCUGUUCUCAGAAGUUGAAGUUGAGAAGAAGAAAUUGCUUGAGCAGUACGAACAUCAUAAGAAGACGGAGACCACCAUGUUAUCAGAACUUGACAAAACAUUCUCAGAGAAGAUAACAUAUGCAGAACAAUCUGUCAGAAGGAUGAAGAAGGUAAUAUCUUGCUCAUUAUGUACAUCUGCGUGCUCCUAUUACGCCAUAUCUUCCCUUGGCAAUCCAAAUUUCCUGAGUCUGGAUUCCAGUAGUGACUGCACAUUUCAAUUUCAUGGCUUUGUUACGCAGGAUGACAAGUCUUUUAUCAUCUUUCGCAAGUCUAUUGGCUCAUUUCUUGAGUGUGGCUCGGAUGAUGAUUUUGACCUUGACGACGAGUGAAGCCACUACUAGAAUAGACAGUAAAUGGAACAUAAUUUCUUCGUUACUUCUUGGCCUUUGAUUCUUUUUCUGUGCAGAUUUAUUAUACUUCAGUAGUAUGCAGUUUGUAAUCCCAUUGUAUUAGCUUGCCCAGAUGAGUUUGUUGCAUCAACCUGAUCGUUGAGAUUCAGUAAUCAAAGAAUAAAUCGCAAUUCUGGAUUUGGUC